AAGGAUUCCUCUCUCCCUCCCUCUUUCUUUUUCCACCCCUCCCGCCUUCAGUGCAAACCCAAGACGCAGGAUCCUGCUGAGGGAAAGAACUCCUUGAAAUCAUCACUGCAGACCCUGCUGCAAAAGUGCAGAGGAGGAGAGAGAAAAAGCCUCGGCAGCCAACCUCCUGCGGCCGAGGGCUUUGUGAGCAGGGCAAUGGCUUCAGGCUCUUGGAGAUUCUCUCUCACCUUUCUCCAGGGCGUGGGAUCUGUCUUCUUCAUCCUUCAGAUCAUCUCUGUUCAGGCUGAUGGGAAAGUGUUUGCAUUUGAGUCCAAGAACAACUCUCAGGGUCUGGAUUUAGCUGAAGCCGAGAAAGCUUGUGUUGACCUGAGUGCUCGCUUAGCAACUGCAGAAGAACUGAAAAGGGCUGUUCUGGACUGUUCUUUUGCUGGCUGCACCACGGGAUGGCUCGCCAGUGGCUCUACUGGGACAAUUAUAUGCAGAAAGACGGGCAGCAAACAGCAGAGCGUGAAAGCCAUUGAUGUUAAAAUUGAAACCGAGCCCUUUGUGAAUGACCAAUAUGAUGCUUUUUGUGUAAAGGAUGAAGACAAGCCCUGCGGAGACCCACCAUCCUUCCCCCACACGAUUCUGCACGGCCACACCGGCUUUGAAAUGGGGGAUGAGCUGCUGUACGUUUGUGCCCAAGGGUACGUCAUGGGCAACAAGGAGACAGCGUUCACGCUGCUCUGCGACAGCUGCGGGGAGUGGUACGGGCAGGUUCAGGCCUGUGUCAAAGAUGAAACCGAGGCACACAUUGACUAUGAAGAUAAUUUUCCUGAUGACAGAUCAAUACCUAUUGUUGAGAAUGAACAUGUCAAUGGCAAAGAGGAAAUCAAGCAGGAGAAAGAACAGCUUUCCUUCAGUAAAAGUUCAGAGGAAGGAAGAACUGGAAGUACCAAAGGUGUUACUCAGGACACAGACAUUUCUGAAAAAGGAAGCAGGGCACCAACUGAGUCCCCUGUGUCACUCCUAAGCCAAAAAAACUUGUUUUGGUUUCCUUCGGAGGCUUUCAGUGAGCCUGAAUCAGAGAAAGAGACAGAUGAUUCCACUAAAGCACAGUUUUCUGAAGGUGAUAACCACAUUGGAGUGAAGACAGCCUACCAUGAACUGGGUGCCAAAAUGUUUUAUGACAGUGAGGAUUUCCCCAUUGGACCCAUUCUUACAACUAAUGAUACAAAGGCAGAGAUAGAUGCAGUUGCCAUUACCGACGAGUCGUGGUUAGAUGGCUAUCCAGUAACACAAGAAGUGGUAGAGGAUGAUGAAGAGGAGGGGGAUAAAGUUGAUGGUUCGAUGGGAACAGAAGAUGACAUAGUCCUCACAACUGACCAACCGAAUCACGUUGAAGUAAGAAAAUUGGGCAAUGGUAGCCCAGCUCUAGAGGAAGGUGUAACACAGAUCAUGGCAGCAACAACGAGGAUAGAUGAUGAAGGGGCCAAAAAGACACUGGUACCACUUACGUCAGUGAGUGGUCUGGAGCACUUAAGUGUGAGCAGAGGUUAUGAUGAUGCUGCAUGGGACCACCCAACUACAUCUCUGGAAACUGUGACUCAGGAGCCCGGUACGACGACACUGUUUGACAUAACCAGCUUAAAAAUGUUUAUGUCAGAAACCUCUGUGAUAGUCAGCCCCUCUGAUCACACUCUGUAUGCAGAACCAAAAGAAACAACCGCCUACCCAGCACAAGUAGCAACCACUGCACCGGCUCCAGAUAUCAUUACUGACACGUCAUCCCAGGAAUUAGCUGAGCAAGAAAAUCUAACCCAGGGCCUUGGAGAAAAGCCUGUCCCCACUUCUGAGCCAUGUGAGGGAGAGGAUUGUCCCAAGUCCAGUAAAGGUGCUAUCAUAGCAGUAAUUGUGAUUCUUCUCUGCUUGUUACUGGCUGCAGCUGUACUGGCUCUGUGGUUUUUCAAAAAACGGCAGCAGAAAAAUUCUGUCUAUAAACUGAAUGGAAGGUGUCAACCCAGACAUCAUUGCUACCACCACUACCACCACCAGCACAUCGAAAUGCAGAAAGUCUAACCAGGGGUCUUUUGGCAAAGAUGCUAGGAAUCAGAAGAAAAACAUAUUGAUGCUAGAAGGAUGACAUGAUUCAUGGAUGCUAAAAUCCAGCAGUGCAGAAAGCAGAAGAAAAAAAGAAUGCUAAAAGAACAUAGAAGACAGAAAAUAUUUCAUCCUUUCAAAAUCACAGUUUAGCAUAUUUGACCUUUCAGAGCUAAAGAAUAUAUAUGUUUUUAUCACAAGGGUCUUUCGGAGACAUCAGCACGACACAGCGUGCGUGGUAGUACAUCUACAAUUUGUUCCGCUUUUACAUUUUGCUCCUAUUAAUAAUAAAUUAACUGAUUAAUUUCUGUGUUACCUGGUUAUAAUGUAAUGGCAGGGCUGGUCAGGACUUCUUGGUCUAUUCUCAGUGGAAGAGGGAAAGAAGGAGGGAAGGAAGGGAGAAGAAUGUUUUUGGAGCAACCACACAUUUGGUGUUUGUUCCUUUUUUAGAACCUGCCCAGGCUGGUCAGGAUAAGCCACUGUAACAAAUUAUUACCUGACGUGUCUUAAAAAGAAAAACUAUUUGCUACCAUACUUUAAUGGAUAGUAUUGCAAUGAUUAAUUACUAAGGUACUUUUCUUCAAUGUUGUGAAUUUAACAAGCCACAAAUGUUGGAUCAUUAUGUUAUUUUUCUGGAAGGUGUUCUUUUAGCCUUAGUGAAGAAAUGCCAUUCUUAUACUAAUCUUUUUAUAGAAAUAAUGUCUCCCUGGAAUUCAGAGAAUACUGUAAGUGCCAUUCUUCCUUGACUAUCUGCAGGAGAGGAGUCAGAGCACCUUUGAUUCCAGGUGUUAUGAUGAGUAGCCUCUUAUUACAGAGCCAAAGAGCGAUGAAGCACUUUCCAGGGGAACCGUAUAUAAAGUCAGCUGCUUUUCUGAACAUGAUACCAACUGACCAAGAUACUGAAUUUCAAUUCACAGCCAGUAGUACCUCUGGCAACUGAAGCCAUGUAUAAUACUUCUGCCAUAUGAACUCUGUGGAAGGACUGAUUUUCACCAUUCUGGUGUCUCGUCAGCUGGAGGGGUGUCUGGGGUGGACAUUGGCUAUGAGAGAUGGGUAUCCAUUUUGAAUGCUGCUUAUUGUGGUUUUAAAGAUAAAGAAUACCUGGGAAAGAGAGAAAUUGCAUCCAGUUGAUAAAAUGCAAACACUUGGCUCUUAGACUGAGUGUUGGUGUAAAAACACAGAGGCUUUUCCAACAGCAUGUUCCAUUUCCAACAGUUCUGAACAUAAACAGGGAGAGAGGGGAGGAUGUUUUCUAGAAUCCCUUAGCAUAGUUCUGAUGAGUUUAGUACGAAAUACUCUUCCUUGCCUUUCUGAAUGAACAGGAGAAAGACUGGCAACUGUGAAUAAUCUGCAGGUCAGAAAUAAAUUCAUUUGCCACUCUAUUGUACAGCCUUAGCCAAAAUACGCCAGUAGUUCAACACAUCGAAAUAUUGGAGUAAGAAAAGGUGACUGGGUGGAGUUCAUCCGUUUUUAUGUUCUGCCUUGAGUGACAGCAGUAACCAUCUCUAACUCCAUGGAAGGUAGACUUUAUGAAAUGGAGUGCAGAAUUGGGCCCAUCAUAGGCACAGCCAUCAAUCUCGGUGCUGGUAAGGAAAACAAAGCAUUGUUAGAUGAUGGCUAUAUGUUAUCUUGGCGAAUUUGACCUCAGAGUGGUAAGAGUUGAAUCUAAUUGCCUGGCAAAAGCCACAGUAAAUAAAGGACAGAAACUGUACAGAUUUGUAAAUAUUGUGUUCUCUGACAUAUGCAUGACUUUAUGCUUUUAAUGCAUUCUAGACUAUGAAAUAACCUAGAAUUUCUGUUGUAAACUAUUUUUUACGCAGUAAUCUUUUAAAAAAAAACCACGAUGGAUUUCGCACUAAGCAACUUUAUGGAGACUGUUAACUCAACUAAAACAUACCGUCUGUAAUCUCAUGGAAAUAUGCUGAAAAAUAAACACAGGAACAUCCAUUAAAAAUUUUGUUUAACUGAAAGGUACAAGUACGUGUUACAGUUCCGUGUAGCAUCCUUCAAAAUGAAAAGUCAAUACUACUUGGCUCUGAACAUCUGAAAAUGAGACUCAAAAUCUUAUUACAAACAAAUUGUACAGGGAUCUUAUUUGAUACUUAGAAAUACUUGUUAUUCAUGAACCAGAAGAAAAUGUACAUUAACAUAAUGUUUUGGAGGUAUUUAAAUAAAAAUCAAAUCACAAAAAA